CAAACACAUACCCAAGCUCUCCUCCGUCGCCUUUCUAUCCACAUCCGUUACCUACGCGCAAUCCUUUUGGGACCGCUUUGUCCGACUGCCCGAACGAUAGAUAGAAAGAAGACGACCACGACCACGACAACCACGACACCUUACGACAGCGCCUGAACAACCGUCACGCUAGAUAAACGACCAUCAACCUUCGAGGCCCGCCCCUUCGCUCCAGCUCCCUGCCAACUCAACCCAACUCAACCCACCCAGCCUCCCAAGAUGAUGGGCUGGUGGUCCAGCUCGGCCAACUCGGCCCUGGACGAGCAGAUUGAGAAAGCAACCAGCAGCAGCUUGGAGGAUAUCGCACUGAAUCUCGAGAUCUCUGAUGUCAUCAGGUCAAAGACCGUCCAGCCCAAGGAGGCCAUGCGCUCUCUAAAGAGGCGCAUCGGCAACAAGAACCCAAACACCCAGCUGAGCGCCUUGAACCUCACCGAUACAUGUGUCAAGAAUGGAGGCACCCACUUCCUCGCCGAAAUCGCCUCGAGAGAGUUCAUGGACAACCUUACCUCGCUCCUCCAAGCCGUCGGACCCGCUGCCGUUAACCACGAAGUGAAGCAAAAGAUCCUCGAGCUGAUACAGUCCUGGGCUGCCGCUACCGAGGGCCGCCACGACUUGGGAUACAUCGGAGAAGUCUACAAGACGCUGCAGAGAGAAGGCCACCAGUUCCCCCCCAAAAUCACUGUCGCUAGCAGCAUGAUCGACAGCAGCGCCCCUCCCGAAUGGGUUGAUUCAGAUGUAUGCAUGCGAUGCCGAACCGCCUUCACUUUCACGAACCGAAAGCACCACUGCCGAAACUGCGGUAACUGCUUCGAUCAACAAUGUUCGGCUAAAUCUUGCCCCCUCCCGCACCUCGGCAUCAUGCAGCCUGUCCGUGUCGACGAUGGCUGCUAUGCGAAGCUUACGGACAAGUCUGCCAAGGGAGGCGCGCCCUCGCCCCUGCCGCAAGAUCGAUCUCCGACAUACCCUUACAAGACCCGAAGUACAUCCGCUAUGCAGCCGCGUAACGCUCGUGUUGACGACGCCUUCGACGAGGACCUGAAGAAGGCCCUGGCUAUGAGCUUGGAGGAAGUCAAGGGCUACUCUCAGGGCUACGUUGCACCUACCGCCAACGGCCCAUCGGGCCCCAAGGCCAACAGCAACUCUGAACCCGCAGCACCCCAAGGUACAGACGAGGAGGACGAUGACCUCAAGGCUGCGAUUGCUGCUUCGCUGGCCGAUAUGGAGGAGCAGAAGCAGAGGCACACGACGGCUUUGAAGGAACAGACCUCAAGCGCUGGUCCAAACCCGACACAGCAGUUCUCCUUGCCAAAAAACGAUUAUGAACUCACUCCAGUUGAGGCCGAAAAUAUUAACCUCUUUGCCACUCUCGUCGACCGCCUGCAGACGCAACCCCCUGGCACGAUCCUGCGUGAGCCCCAGAUUCAGGAACUUUACGACAGUAUUGGCACGCUGCGGCCAAAGCUUGCGCGCACUUACGGCGAGACCAUGAGCAAACACGACACACUUCUUGACCUUCAUGCCAAGCUCUCUACUGUGGUCCGCUACUACGACAGAAUGCUGGAGGAGCGCCUCUCCAAGGCAUACAGCCAGCACGCCGUCGGGGGUUACAACCUUCCUAACCCUCGCAGUGCAUACCCCUCUCUUCACGCGAGCGCGCCCAACAGCGCUGGCCCUGCCGAAAACUUUUACACCGGCUCACAACAAGUCGACUACGGCCACGCACCGCCACCUCAAGCAUACCACCAACAUCCACAACACACACCCCAGCCCCCAUAUGCGACUUUCGACAAGCGCGCCUCCAUGGCUGGUCCUCCUGGAGGUACUUAUCCUCCCCAGGAGCCCCAACGGACAGAUAGCUGGAGGGCCGCAGGUGCUACCGCCCCUGACGGACAGUAUGCGCCGCAGCAGUCGUAUGCUCCCAACGAGCCACCCCAGCCAGCCCAUCAGAACCAGCCUGGCCAACCUGCUGGAACACCUUCAACUGAUCCUAACGCUUCGUAUUACUUCAAUCCUCAACAACCCAGCGCACCCCCUUCUGCUCCGCCCUCUGCAGACCCUAACCCGUCCCCCUACCCAAAUCUUCAACAGUCAAUGCAAUAUCAACAGUCUGCGCCUCACCAGCAAACACCCGUUCAAGCACCUGCGCAGCCAGCCCAGCCAUCACAGCAACAAGCCCCGCCACAGCAACAAAGCUACUGGCAGCCGUCGGUGCCGCAGCAAUCGGCACAUCCCCAACAGCAAUGGCAGGGCCAAUACAAUAACGGAUAUACCCAGGAGUCGUUCCCGUCUGCGCCGCAGAACGCACCCAAGCAGCCGGCAGUGGAAGAAAGUCUCAUUGACCUCUGAAGAAGGAUUCAAUGGCCCGGAAGCAUACAUGGUCACUGUAUUGGUUCUUGGCGUUUCACGGUCACAAAGGAAAUCCAAACACCGGCAUCCUCGGACUUGGGAAUGUACUUUAAAAUGAUGUUUUUUUGUUACUGGAUGGUAUGCGUUCGCUUUCUGGCAUUUUUGCUGGGAUACAGAUUUCAGUGUGCUCAACAUGAACCAAGAUCAGCAGACUGAGCAAAGACUAAUAAUUUCCAACCGUUAUCCUGAUUCAAUCCAACGAUGUUCUUUGUCUAUUCCAGUGGGGCUUGGUGACUGUUGUACGGGCGGUAUGAUUUGAAUGAACAGAGACGAAACACAACCAAGGCAGGGCCGGGUCAGCUUGCUGUAACACGGGCAGGAUUUUACAUGGCACGUCUUUGUUAUCGAAUCUGGUCCGUGUCGCCACUCUCGUGUUUGUCCCUAGUAGAAAGGCAUUGAAGCCAUGUCUCUUUGUAUCGUUCAUGGUGUGUCAGAUGGAAAUACAUGGUGUCGAGGGUCGAGAUGCAUCUCUUGUUUUCAACUUAAGCUGACGUUGUACUUGAUUGUCGCUGUGGUUUCAUUACAUCAUCUAACCUCAAAGUGAUCUAUGAUCUAUGUAGCAUCCUCUCGAGCCCCUCUGCGUGGGAGAGUGUUGAUUCUCCAGGCCGGCAGCCUCGGGACUGUAACCUACGACAUCCGGGUCUGCAGUAAGUUGAAUGCAGGCAGGUUCCUGAUUCUGACCCAAUAGGUUUGGUCUCCCUUUCUGCUGCUGCUUGACGGCCGACCAAGCUGACUCAUACCAGCUAUGGUCCAGAACCCUCCAAAGCGGUAACGCAAUUCUCCUCGGCGAAGCAGGCAGUGGUUCCGUUGCCUGCAACGAAAGUCGGCCAUCUCCUCCAGCUAUUGGCCCGGCAAAGCGAUCGCGCAAAGUCUGUUACAUGAGCCCGAGUCCCAGCCGGCCAACCACGGCCGGCACCUGUGCCGCAGAUAUCCACUUUUCGCCGGUCAUCGGCGCCGGAGCACACCUCCCGGUCCUUACUUCGCUCCUUCCUAUGCAGUCCCGCGCACCUUGAAACUAGCAAACGCGAAAAGUGCAGCGCCACCCAGCGCCAUGGCGCGCAGUAGCCCACGUGGAUCCAUCCUCGUCCCUUCAGUGACUCUCCGUCUCUCUUCGACGCAUCU